AUGAACCUGCAUGGCCACCCACUACAUGCAUUGCGACAACAGAACGACUUCAAGACGGUCAAGAGUUUCAUCUGGAACAAAGUUAUUAGUAGUGCAGUGAGGACAAGAGCUGCUGUGAUUCUGGCUCUGAUCGUUUGCCUUUGCUCAAUAUUUUACAGCGACGCAUCUCCCGCCGAUCCCAGUACCAGCAUGUCGUCCGCGGCGGCAGCACACAGCGAGGCCACCCUGGCAUUGGCAAAGAAGGAAAGUGCCGAGCAUAUGCAUGGCAUGCAAGAGCUAUACGAUGAAAUGAGGAAACGUCCUCUGAUUGUCAAGGCUUACGGUUUGGAUGAUGCCAAUGCUCCAGCAGACGCUAUUAUUGUUCAUUUUGUACGUCAUGGACAAGGUUUUCACAACCUAAUGGCAGACCUCGCAAGUUCACAAGGUCGAGAAUGGGUGCAAUUCACCAAUACUCCUGAGAAUCCCUACGUGAUGCCAGAGAUUGUAGAUGCUCCUCUGACAGAAAAAGGACGACAACAAGCAUUAUUACUGCAAUCAGUGGUCAAGGAAAUGUCGACCAAACCAAACCUUGUGGUGCUAUCCCCCAACUGUCGUGCGAUCCAGACCGGCCUACUGGUAUUUGAGGAGCUCCUGGAGGCAGGAAUCCCAUUUUUGGCCCAUGAAAUGGUCCGCGAAGAGACCGGCAUCCAUGUUUGUGAUAAAAGACGGCCCAAAAGUCGACAAAUGAAAGAAUUCCCACAAGUGGACUUUGGCCUCCUGGAAUCGGAUGACGAUGUCAUUUUUCGUAACGACCACCGAGAAACCAAAGCCGAAGUGGGAGGGCGCGUUUACAAGUUCAUGGAAUGGUUGUCCGGACGUGAUGAAAAGGUGGUUGGUGUUGCUUCUCACUCGGGAUGGCUCUUGACCGUCUUUAAUGGCAUUUGUGAGUGUGAUGAAAAGUUGAAGGGAUGGUUUCAAACCGGAGAAAUGAGGAGCGUCAAGCUUUCGUUCGUUCGCAAGUAA